AUUUGAAAAUUGAAAGCAAUGUGGUUGAUUUAGAAUAUUCAAAUUUCAUUUCAGGAAAAUGGACAAGGCCUGAAGCAUACGUUUUCCGCGAUGUGGCGCUAGAUAUUGGGGUACCAGAAAAUCGAAUUAUCAUAGAAAGUCAAGCUACAAAUACAGGAGAAAACGUUAAAUUUUCCUAUAAAAUUAUGAAGAAAUACAACAUCAAUCCAUCGAGCAUUAUUCUUGUUCAAACGCCGUAUAUGGAACGCCGCACGUACGCCACCUUUAUGAAACAAUGGCCAGGAAAUGUGACAUCAUUACGUGUUGUGGUGACGUCACCUCCAAUUACUUUGCGCCACUACCCUAUACGUGCUGUGGGGACUAUGCGAGAAAUAUUAGCUGCAAUGUUAGGAACAUUUCAGAGAAUAAAGAUUUAUCCACGUAUUGGAUUUCAAAUACACCAGAACGUUAAUUCAGAAGUAAAUGAAGCAUUCGAAGCCCUCGUCAAAACCGGUCGUUACAACGAUUAUAUUAUUAGUACUUGA